AUUAUCAUUAUGAAUUCACUGUUAUUCCAAUUGAAAAUGAAAAAUUGACAGGUCUGGUACAACUGAACAUGUACACUUAUGUUAUUCAAGUUGAAAAUGGAAUAUUAAUGUUAUUCCAGUUGAAGAUGUUAUGGGGCAAAGUACAACCACCAGUGAAGGUGCCGCUGAGUGACCUUGAGAUACGACCAUUUGAUAAAGAAAGGGACAAUUGGCGAGAAGUAAAACAAUUGGCAUUCAUUACUUACACAGAAACUAAUCCCAAGAUGGUUAAAGCAUGGUUAUCAAAACCUUGGAAGCUUGGAGCAAUACUUCUAGUCUCCAGCUUGCUAUUCUUGAGUGGAUAUAUGUUGAUAUCUUUGGUGUUUUUAAUUGGAGCCUGGCUCUUGGCCUUUGCAAUAUUAAUGAAGCAUCUGAAUAAUAAAUUUACUCACAAACAAAAGGAUUAUAACAAUUUUGUGAACUACUGGACAACAGAUCCAAGACGUUGUCUCUGGGUUGCAUUCCAUAACGGGACACUUGUUGGGACUGUAGGAGUCCAAGAGAAUGAGGAUAAAACUAAGGGAGAACUUGUCCGCAUGUCUGUGAAUAAUAACUAUAGACGCAAUGGAAUUGCAGAGGCUCUUGUUAAUGUUCUCCUAAAGUGGUGUGAGGAGAACAACUACAAGCAAAUACACCUUGGAACUACAGAAUACCAACCUGGAGCUGUUAAAUUUUAUUUUAAAAUGCAUUUUGAGAUGUUUGGGACCAUUGAAUAUUUCAUGGGACCUAAAAUUUUAGAUUUUAGGGUAUUAGUGCAUUUAUUCUCCCUAAACCUUCCAAGGGAUAAUAUAACUGAACAAUGAAUGUUAUUAUAGUUUGACAGGGAUAUAGUGAAACCCUCCAUCCAUCAGUCUAUCCAUCCAUAAAUCUGUCCAGGCAAUUAAAAUGUCCAUUUUGAUGUAAAUCGAAGAAAUAAUUCUUGAAUUUAGCUAAAAAUUGUUUAUUCACCAACACAAUAUUGGUGGCUGUGAAUUUUCCAAGAACCGUUGUCUAAACUAUAAAAC